AACCUUCUUACGAAAUGCAUAAACCUCCCGUCAGUGAAUAUGAUUCGAAGGGAUCAGCGGGGGCGCGGUCAGCAUCCUAGAGUCGUAGGUAUAUAAGGUCGAAUCGUACCGUUCAGAGGUACAUUCUACCAUCGACAGUCAGCAAUAUGAAGACUUUUAUCAUCGCUUUGGCUAUUUUCGGUGUUGCGGCUGCCGGACGCGACCGUCGUGGUGCAGUUUGGGGCUACGGUGAUCAUGGAGUGUAUGGUGCCCAUGGAUUUUACGGAGGGCAUGGGGCUUACGGAGCCCAUGGUGUAGCUCUUGCUGGACACUCCGUAGGACCGGCUAGUGUUGUCGGACCGCAUGCUGGGGCAUCCGCUUUGGCUGGUCCCGUAAUUGGACCCUCUCAUCUUGCUGGAUCUGUCGCUGGACCCGUGCAUGUAUCCGGUGCCGUUGCUGGACCCGCGACCGUAACCGCUUCCGUUGCUGGACCUGCUCACGUUGAGGGCUACGAUGGACACUACGAUGGUGCUUAUGGUCACGGUUUCGCUCAUGGAUACGGUGGUUUUGCCCAUGGAUUUGGACAUGCUGGAUAUGGAUACGGUCAUGGGGCUCAUGGUGGUCACGGUGUCGUAGUCGUUGGUCCUGCCCAUCAUGGUGCUGUUCACGCUGGAUAUGGCAGCCAUGGCGCCAUUCUUGCUGGCCCCCAUGCCCACGGCGCUGUUUUGUCUGGCCCCCAUUCCCACGGCGCUGUCAUUUCUGGACCCCAUUCUGGUACUGCUGCAGUUUCCGGUCCCCAUGCUGGUGAUGUUGUGAUUUCUGGACCAUCUGGAAAAAUCACCGCUCAUGGUGCUGGUCAUGGUGCUGCCAUUCAUGCCGGUUACGGUCACGGUCAUCAUUGGUAAAAAUUCUUACGAUCGAAUAAAUAAAAUUGACUUUAUUUAUAUAUUUUUGUCAUUCAAAAAUGUAUUUAUAAUUUUGUCAUGAUUUUAAACUGCUCAUUAUUACAACAUAAAGUUAUGCAAUUACUUCCUUCGACUUUGUCUCAUAAAAAUUGGUAUAUAGUAAAGAAUAAUAUCAAUCGAUAUUUAUGUCUUUAUUCAUGUAUAUAAAAAACGAAUUUGUAUAUGGAAAAUAAAAAAAA